AUGCUGAUUGCAAAAGGAAAAUUCACUGGGUACAUUCAAGGAUCAGCGGUGGAGCAGAACCGACCGGCUGAGCAAGUUGAAAAAAAUCAGAAGCCGAACUACCAUAACGCUCAGCCUAUUCGGAUAAUAAAUGCAAUUCAUGGCCGGCCUGAGCCGACCGAUGAAUUAGAAGAAUUGCUCCGAACGCGUCUUCGUCAAGCACAAAUGAAGAGGAGAAAAGGCAGUGUAAAUGCUCUGCACCAACAAAACACCUCAGUUCCAAUAAUGUUUGACAGAACGAAUUUAUUGCGAGUUCAGAUCCCUCAUGAAGAUCCCCUGGUCAUUAACUUAAGGGUAGCAAAAUGCUUGAUCCGAAGAGUCUUAAUUGAUCCAGGGAGUAGGGCAAAUGUCAUACCAAGAAUAACAUUUGACCGACUCAAGAUUGAACUAGAAAAGCUCAAACCCACGGGAAAUCAACUGUUGGGAUUCGAUGGGAAGCAGGUAGAGCCUAUUGAUAUGGUGGAGCUGCCGAUGUUUGCUGCUGAGAGAGAAUUGAUGAAGAGCUUCAUGGUCGUUGAAAUUCACCCGUCCUAUAAUCUCUUGAUGGGAAGAAGGUGGAUUCACAGGGUCCAAGGUGUUCCAUCGACUUUGCACCAAGUGAUGAGAUGCUUGAGCCCAGAUGGAAGCAAAGUGAUUAAUAUCCAUGGGGAUCAGGUCGCAGCCAAGGAUUGCUAUUCUGUAACGUUGAAAGCCGUGGGGAAGGGGAAAGCGCCCAUCCGAUCUGAUAGUUCAAGAUAA